AUGUACAGAGGAUCACCGAUUAAAUUAGUCAACAUUAACUCCACUGAUAUAGCUGAUGGCCGACCUUCAAUAGUUCUUGGAUUGGUGUGGACCAUUAUUCUAUAUUUCCAGAUUGAGGAGUUGACCAGCAACCUGCCACAGCUGCAGUCUUUGUCAGGCAGCACGUCCUCUGUGGACAGCAUGGUUAGCGCUGAGACCGCCAGCCCCCCAAGUAAACGGAAAGUGGCCACCAAGAUCCAAGGAAAUGCUAAGAAGGCUUUAUUAAAGUGGGUUCAGUACACAGUAGCCAAGCAGACGGGAAUAGAAGUAAAAGACUUUGGGCGGAGCUGGAGAAGUGGAAUCGCCUUCCAUUCCAUCAUCCAUGCCAUUCGACCAGAACUAGUGGACUUGGAGAGAGUGAAAGGGAGACCUAACCGGGAAAACCUGGAGGAGGCUUUCACUAUUGCUGAAACAGAACUAGGAAUCCCAAGACUACUGGAUCCUGAAGAUGUUGAUGUGGAUAAACCAGAUGAGAAGUCUGUUAUGACCUAUGUAGCCCAGUUUCUGAACCAUUACCCUGACAUCCACAAUACAGGCACUGAUGGGCAAGAGAAUGAUGAAAUACUUCCAGGUUUUCCAUCUUUUGCAAAUUCUAUCCAAAAUUUUAAGAGAGAAGACAGGCUAAUUUUGAAAGAAACAAAAGUUUGGAUAGAACAAUUUGAAAGAGAUUUGACAAGGGCACAGAUGACAGAAUCAAAUUUGCAAGAUAAAUAUCAGUCAUUUAAGCACUUCAGAGUUCAAUAUGAAAUAAAAAGGAAACAGAUUGAACAUUUAAUACAACCAGUACAUAGAAACGGUAAACUGUCACUUGACCAAGCGUUGGUAAAACAAUCCUGGGACAGAGUGUCCUCCAGGCUCUUUGAUUGGCAUAUACAGCUUGAUAAAUCUCUCCCUGCACCUCUGGGCACCAUAGGUGCCUGGUUAUACAGAGCAGAGGUGGCCCUGAGAGAGGAAAUUACCAUUCAGCAGGUCCAUGAGGAAACAGCCAACACAAUACAACGGAAACGCGAGCAACACAAGGAUCUGCUUCAAAACACGGAUGCCCACAAAAGAGCAUUCCAUGAAAUCUACCGGACCAGGUCUGUUAACGGGAUCCCAGUGCCACCUGAUCAAUUAGAGGACAUGGCCGAGAGGUUUCAUUUUGUUUCCUCCACAUCAGAGCUACACUUAAUGAAAAUGGAAUUUCUAGAAUUAAAGUACCGUCUGCUCUCACUGCUGGUUCUUGCAGAAUCAAAGCUGAAAUCUUGGAUCAUCAAGUAUGGGAGGAGAGAGUCAGUGGAGCUGCUUCUGCAAAACUACAUCUCUUUUAUAGAAAAUACCAAGUUCUUUGAACAGUAUGAAGUGACAUACCAGAUCUUGAAACAGACAGCAGAGAUGUAUGUCCAAGCUGACGGUUCAGUGGAAGAAGCCGAGAAUGUGAUGAAAUUCAUGAACGAAACCACUGCCCAGUGGAGGAACCUCUCAGUAGAAGUUAGGAGCGUGCGGAGCAUGCUGGAAGAAGUAAUCGCUAACUGGGAUCGAUAUGGCAAUACUGUGGCCAGUCUUCAGGCCUGGUUAGAGGAUGCAGAGAAAAUGCUAAAUCAGUCAGAGCAUGCCAAAAAGGAUUUUUUCCGAAAUUUGCCUCACUGGAUACAGCAGCACACUGCCAUGAAUGAUGCGGGCAAUUUUCUAAUUGAAACAUGUGAUGAGAUGGUUUCCCGAGAUCUUAAACAGCAAUUACUAUUGCUCAAUGGGCGAUGGAGGGAGUUGUUCAUGGAAGUCAAGCAAUAUGCUCGGGCUGAUGAAACGGACAGAAUGAAGAAGGAGUACACAGACUGUGUUACUGUCCUGUCUGAUUUUGCAACUGAAGCCCAUAAGAAACUUUCUGAACCCUUAGAAGUCUCUUUUCUUAAUGUCAAGUUAUUAAUUCAAGACUUGGAGGACAUUGAGCAGAGGGUGCCUGUAAUGGAUGCUCAAUACAAGAUGAUUACAAAGACUGCACACCUCAUUACCAAAGAGAGCUCCCAAGAGGAAGCUAAUGAAAUGUUUGCAACCAUGUCUAGGCUCAAAGAACAGCUAACCAAGGUCAAAGAAUGUCACCCUCCACUCCUUUAUGAGUCUCGACAGCUGUUGAUACCAUUGGAAGAAUUAGAAAAGCAGAUGACACUCUUUUAUGACUCACUUGGGAAAAUCAAUGAAAUUUUAACAGUUCUUGAGCAUGAGGCACAAUCUAGUGCUCUUUUUAAACAGAAACAACAGGAACUGUCAGCUUGUCAAGAAAGCUGUAAGAAAACCAUGACACAAAUUGAGAAAGGCAGUCAAAGUGUUCAAAAGUUCGUGACCUUGAGCAGUUUGUUAAAGCACUUUGAUCAGACAAAGCUGCACAGACAGGUUGCAGAUGUCCAUGGUGCUUUCCAGAAUAUGGUGAAGAAAAUUGGAGACUGGAAGAAACAUGUGGAAACUAAUAGUCGCUUGAUGAAAAAAUUCGAGGAGUCUCGAGCAGAGUUAGAGAAGGUGCUGCGGAUCGCUCAGGAGGGCCUGGAGGAAAAGGGAAACCCAGAAGACCUCCUGAAGAGACAUACCGAGUUUUUCAGUCAGCUGGAUCAGAGAGUGCUCAAUGCUUUCCUGAAAGCUUGCGACGAGCUCACCGACAUUCUCCCUGAGCAGGAACAGCAGGGCCUGCAGGAAGCCGUUAGAAAGCUCCAUAAACAGUGGAAGGAUCUUCAAGGAGAAGCCCCAUAUCAUUUGCUUCAUCUGAAGAUUGAUGUGGAGAAGAAUAGAUUCUUAGCUUCUGUAGAAGAAUGCAGAACUGAGCUGGAUCGAGAGACCAAGCUGGUGCCCCAGGAAGGCAGUGAAAAGAUCAUUAAAGAGCACAGGAUUUUCUUCAGUGACAAAGGUCCUCAUCAUCUUUGUGAGAAAAGGUUGCAGCUUAUUGAAGAACUGUGUCUGAAACUCCCAGUCCGGGACCCAGUAAGGAACACACCUGAAACCUGUCAUGCGACUCUCAAAGAGCUCAGAGCUACCAUUGAUACCACCUACAUGAAGCUCAUGGAAGACCCAGACAAGUGGAAGGACUACACUAGCAGAAUUUCUAAGUUCUCAUCUUGGAUAUCUGCAAAGGAGACACAGUUGAAAGGGUUUAAGAGUGAACCCUUCAGUACUGCCAACCAUGGAGAGAUUAAAUGUGCUGUAGAGGAGAUCAGAAAUGGUGUUACCACAAAAGGCGAGACUCUCAACUGGCUGAAAUCCAGGCUUAAAAUUUUAAUUGAAGUUUCUUCUGAGAAUGAAGCCCAAAAGCAAGGAGAUGAGCUGGCAAAAUUAUCUAGUUCUUUCAAGGCUCUUGUAGCUUUGUUGUCAGAGGUUGAAAAGAUGUUAAGCAACUUUGGGGACUGUGUCCAGUACAAAGAAAUAGUGAAAAGUUCCCUUGAAGAGUUAAUUUCUGGCUCUAAAGAAGUCCAGGAGCAGGCUGAGAAGAUCCUGGACACUGAAAAUUUGUUUGAAGCACAGCAGUUACUUCUUCAUCACCAGCAAAAGACAAAGAGGAUUUCGGCAAAGAAGAGAGAUGUGCAGCAGCAGAUAGCACAGGCCCAGCAGGGAGAAGUUGGGCUGCCUGGCCAAGUCCGGGAGGAGCUGCGGAAGCUGGAGAGCACCCUGGACAGCAUGGAGCACAGCAGGGAGAAGCAGGAACGCCGCAUCCAGGUCACAUUAAGAAAGUGGGAGCGAUUUGAAACAAACAAAGAGACAGUGGUCAGAUACCUUUUUCAAACAGGUUCCAGUCAUGAGCGCUUCUUAAGUUUUAGCAGUUUGGAAAGUUUGUCUUCAGAAUUGGAACAGACAAAGGAGUUUUCUAAACGAACAGAAGGUAUUGCAGUCCAGGCUGAAAAUCUUGUGAAGGAAGCUUCCGAGAUACCACUUGGUCCCAAGAAUAAGCAGCUGCUUCAGCAGCAGGCCAAGUCAAUCAAAGAGCAAGUCAAAAAAUUAGAAGACACACUUGAAGAAGAUAUUAAAACCAUGGAAAUGGUGAAAAACAAGUGGGAUCAUUUUGGCAAUAAUUUUGAGACCCUGUCCGUCUGGAUAACUGAGAAAGAAAAAGAACUCAAUGCCUUGGAAACUUCGUCAUCUGCCAUGGACAUGCAAAUCCACCAGAUUAAGGUCGCAAUUCAGGAAAUAGAAAGCAAGAUAAGCAGCAUUACAGAAUUAGAAGAAGAAGCUCAGUCUUUCGCUCAGUUUGUCACCACUGGAGAAUCUGCUCGAAUCAAAGCCAAGCUGACACAAAUAAGAAGGUACUGGGAAGAACUCAGAGAGCAUGCACAGUGUUUGGAAGGAACAAUCCUGGGACAUUUAUCUCAGCAGCAAAAGUUUGAAGAGACUCUUAGAAAGAUCCAGAAGUCUGUGUCUGAGUUUGAAGAUAAACUUGCUGAUCCAAUUAAAAUAUGUUCUUCAGCCACAGAAACAUACAAAGUUCUCCAAGAACAUAUGGAUCUCUGCCAGGCCCUGGAGGCGCUGAGCAGUGCGGUGGCCACCACCUCAGCCAGUGCCCAGAAGGUCGCUAACAGAGGCUCCUCCAUUCAGAGGGCAGCGGCCCUGCAGCUGAGGUACGAGGAGACGGGGACUCGGGCCAAGGAGAGGCAGACUGUGCUGGAGAACCUGCUGACCCACUGGCAGAGGCUAGAGAAAGAAUUAUCAACCUUUUUAACCUGGUUAGAGCGGUGUGAAGCAAUAGCCAGUUCUCCAGAAAUGGACAUUUCUGCAGACAGAGUCAAAGUGGAGAGUGAACUUCAAUCAAUACAGGCAAGUUCAAGUUCAAACUUCCUCCUUCUUUGA